UUCUGGCCGGACCGGACGCGGUCUUGCGCAGAACAAGUAACGCGGUGUUUUCCCGGUGAUUCCUUUCGAAAAUUCGACCAUCGAUCCACCCCCGUUCGUCCAGACUCGAGUUGCCGAGCGCGCCUCCGCCGACAGUGCCUUCUCAAGAUCGUUCGCUGGCAGAGAAGUAUUCGCGCGGUGUACAGGUGUUACAAGUAUAUACUUGGAGUGCGCCUCGAUGUGAGGACGGUGCUUUCAUGAGGGAUUAACGAAAAAUCAACGGAGCCGAGAGACAGUAGCGCCAAUAUGCGGGAGAAAAGGUGGCUUCUGCUCGCUCUGUAUGGAAUCCUACUGAUCAAUGUAGCUUCGGCUGAGCGCAAGCCUACGAGGCCAAAGUUCAAGAUCGCUACGACUUCGACGACCACGAGCAGCACCACCGAAGAGAGUCACGUCCGCGAGAACGAAAACGAAGAUGCAGAGGCGACUACGGCGGUGGUCCCUGAAACGAACGGGACGUCUGGCCACGUCCUAACAGGAAUUCCGCAGAUCGACUACAUCUGGGACCCGAAUCUGCCCCGUGAAUUGAACGGUUACAAUCUCAGCGAUUAUCCGUUCUACAACAGCAUACCAGAGGACAUCGACUUCAAAUGCGACGGCCUGCACGACGGCUUUUAUGCAAGCGUGCCUCAUAAAUGCCAGGUAUACCAUCAUUGUCUUUUCGGAACGCGAUACGACUUCCUCUGCGCAAACUUCACGGCAUUCGACCAAAAGACUUUCAUCUGUCAUUUCGUCUCCGAAGUCGACUGUGCCAACUCGAAAAAGUACUGGCACAGAAACGAUGCCCUCUACAAAGCCACUACCACCUCGACGACGUCUACCUCGACAACCACGCUGGCACCGGUGACUGCCGCUACGGGACGUCAGUCAUCGAGAGACAGAGACCAUCCGAGAAGGAGACGACCCUUCAGAAGACGACCAGCGUAUGAUUACUACGACGAAGAGUAUUACGACGACGAUUACAGCCGACCACGUGGCUACAGCAGAGAUGAUUACGACUACGACGAUCGAAAAUAUAGAAGGGACAGAGAUCGCGACUUUAGAGAUCGAGAUCGCGAUUUCCGAGACAGAGAUAGUCCUAGGUCCAGAGAUGGAGCCCCUAGAGAUGACAGAGACCGCGACGUCAACGCCAGGGAUCGGUAUCCGAGUAGAAACAAUAGAAGAGAUCCUACUAGAGUGAGAGACCCUUUGGAGGACGACACGAGAGUCAGAUCCAGAGAUUCCGAUCAAGGAUUAAGGUCCGCGUCUAGGGAAAUCGACGACGCGGAGGUGGAUGAUCGUCGAACCGAAUCUAGGAUCAGGGACCCCGAUGAUCGUCGAUACUCCGAUAAAAGGUACAGGGACGAUUACGAGGAUAAAGAUCCUGCUUCCGCGUCUGCAGGUGCAUCUACGAGCUCAGAGGGCCUGGUAAAACCUGCGGCACCUGCAACGUCGGUCUACGCAAGACCAAGAGCGCCUCCUAAGAUACGAAGACCGGUACCGCUUUCCGAACAGGACAAGUACGCUUACAAAGCUACUGCUGUUCAAUCAACUGAAGAGCCACGGAGGAGGCCGGUAGACGUUGCAGAUGAUGACUAUUACGAAGAUGAAUUGGAGGAUUUGAGACCAGUUCGAAGACCAUUGAGGAGAAGACCGACUUACAGAGACAGAGACAGAGAUAGGGACUUCUAUGAUGUAGUAGAGAGGGAUAGAGGCCGACCCUUCAGACCUCGAUAUCGGGACGACGAGGAUGACUUGCGACCAAGAAAACACUCCGAUCGCUCGAGAGAUCGCUACUACGAUCGAGAUAGGGAUCGAGGCGUGGAACGUGGAAGAGAUCGAUCCCUCGAUCGCGGAAAAGAUCGUAACGCAGACAGAUCGCUGGAUCGUGAUCGGGGAAGAAUGCAAGAUGCUGAGAAAUCGGAAAGACCACAUCGGCCUCUCGACAAAGACCGGGACAUCGACCGUCCUAGAUCGGGUUCAAGAUCGAAGGAUUUACAAGAAACUACGGAUGCGCCGUCUAGAAGGGGCAGUAAUUACGACCGCACUGAAAGAACUACCACGACAACUACGACAACCACUACCUGUCUGCCCGAACAGUUCGUUCAUAAAACAGAAUCCACUUCAAAGGAAUCCCUAAACGACAAGCAAACUUUCACCGAAAGACCAUCCAAAUCUGCACCGAAUCAAACAACGCGAACACCGAUCGAAGACGGAGUCUCUCAUCGAACGAAUCAACAGACGGAUUAUCAAGAAAGGGAUCAAGACGAGAAACGUGAACGGGGUCAGUAUCAGACCACAUCGAUCGAGGAAUAUUCGCAAGAUUAUUACGACGAACCGGAAGAUCCACCCGCUCCGCCACCACGAACCACGGUCCGCAUUGUUAAACGACCCUUUUUGCCAUCUAGAGGCGGCAACCCCAAUCCAAGAGGCUUGUCUCCAGUUGGUGCGAAGGCCACCACGCCUAAGAAGGAAGAGGACAAGUCGACUGAAAGGACGACUAAUCAGGAAAGAUCCAAAAAUUAUUACGUACACGAGACAAUGCAGGAAAACUCCAGAGAAUCUAACCAAGAGGUCAAGACGCAACAAGAGCAAAAGGAAAGUUACGAUGCAUACAAGCAUAUCCAGAACCAGAAUCAGAACCAGAACCAGAACCAGCACGAGUACAGACACGACGAGUAUGAUACCUCUAUAGCCAGACCCGCGAUUCGUCGACCGACCGAUAGACAACGGGAAGAAGAAACGCAAAAGUCCAUAGACGACGCAUUCGUCAGAGGAUCCAAGCAGGAACAAUCGAACAAUGGACAAAACUUUGACGAAGGAUUGGCUAAAUGGUCUACCGACGAGUUCUCCAAUCCCACGCAGGGUAACGAAGGGAACGUGCAAGCUUCUGGUUCAUCGUUUCGUAACAAAGGAAGACUAACCACGAAUGAAAAUCCGAGUGUCUAUGGGUCGACUUUCAAGAACGACGAAGCCCAAGAACAACCGACAGGGCCUCAGAAUUUCAGAGUGAAACAGAGACUCAACGAGGUGACGCAUAGACUGCAAGAUAUCCCGGAAAGUGAAUACGACGUCACUCUGAACGAUGCACUGACGCCAACGUUGAAUCAGGAGACGAACUUGCCUAGCGGAUUCGUGCUACCUCUUCACAGACAGCUCGGCAGAGACGCGGUUCUCCAGUCGUCGGAAAAUAACUACAAAGUUUCCAGACCCGUAACUCAGCAACAGCAAAAACCGUUCGUGCCUAAUCCUCAAUUUUUACCGACAGUCAACACCAACGACAGAUUAAGAACCGUUUAUUACAGAACGCCCGAAGCUGUACAAAUCAACGGAGCGCAAUAUAGGCCGCAAAGAGGAUCAUGGCACGACUACACUGGCUACUGAACGAAAUUCUAACGAGAAAGAAAUAUCGACGGAUACUUUGCAACUUUACGGAAUGGGCCAAUCGGGCAAAUUUUCGUAAAUUGCAUAACACUGCGCACGAGUGAAAUUCACUUGUAUCAAGAUCGAUCGGUUAUUCGAAGGAGCAGACUUUUACGGAAAUUGAUUUCCUUUGAAAACGAAGGAAAGUAUCAGACCCUUGAUCACGUGGUCAAACUUUUCGACGUCUUUCAUA